AUGAACGCGCUACAAGUUCUUGUUGGAAUCGCAACACUUUCCGUCUAUGCAGUUCAAUCUCCUCCGGAAAAUGCUGACCACUCGCGCCAAAAGAGAUACCUUAUAUUUCCCCGAGGAAACCCAACGCGCCACCAGCUUGUAGCCGGUUUUGGUAUUCCGGUAGACAUUGUGCUGGAAUCCGUCACGGUCGGGUAUGUCUUCAAGGCGGUAUAUUUUCUACCCUGGAAUUCGUCCCACUGGGUUCCGCAGUUUCUUCGUCGUGAUGAAGACGAUCUUUUUCAACUACCGGAAGAACAGCAGCAGCUACAAGCACCACAAAGAAGAAAUUUCGUGCAGUUGAAUCCUGAUCCGUAUUGGAACCAAGCUGAUGUAAACGACGAACAGUCAGACGGUGAUAAUUGGGUUUACCGCGCAAGGUGGACAAUAUACCGAACGCUGGAAGCAAUUGCUGAUCACAAAGGAUUUAACGGACGCCACUGCCUGCUGAGGACCAUCUGUGAAUCUGCAGAGGCAAAGUUUGGCCAAUCAAGUGGCAUACUUGGGGAGCUGUUGCAUAUUCUCUUUACCCCCUCGACAAGCGAUGACCCAACGGAUGAAACGGACACGUUACACGAGGAGUACAAGAAGGCGGAACGAUUGCCACACAAUACCAGUCCUAGAUUUAGUCACUCGGUCUGUUCGGAUAUGUUCACAGAGUGCCCGAUUUCCUGGCUAAAUCUGUUUACCGGUAUAGUUGGUGUUGGGUAA